CGAAUCUCUGAAUGCCGUCCGAUUAAUAAUCUUAAAGCAAACCGAGGUCCUAGGCCAGUUAUGAUUAGAAAAUGUAAAAGCCAUCCCCAAAACCUCUGCUAGCAGAGCAGACAUUGGCGGGCGUUUUGGAACUAAAAUUUUCGACAAAUAGUGUGGCGUUGAUGUUUCAGAAAAGAAAGACCGUCACCACUAUUAUUUUUUUUGGUUUCAACGCCAACUGUUUCCAACGGUCGAAGCUGCUCGAAUAUUUUAUUCAUAUCUUUUUUAGAAUCAUGAACGUCCUUUCCGUGCAAGUUUGAAGUUUCAUACACUCAUUCAUUCAUUCAUUCAUUCAAAUACUCAUUCUUUUUGGUAAAUAUUAAUUGCACAUAACCAACCACCGCCGCUUGUUGUAGGGUUUUAAAAAAACAAUGCUGUCCGCAGACUUUACUCCCUUGUCGGACCGAGUGUACCUACGCCAUGGCAGAGAGAAAGUCAAAUUAUCCGGGAAGGACGAGCCAACCACAAUCAUCAUCUUCGGCUGGGGUGACGGUAUGCCGAAGCACGUCUCAAAAUAUGCCGACGGCUUCCACGAUCUUUACCCGUCCGCUCGGAUUCUUCUCGUACUAUCAAGUACCUUACAGGCUCUGAACCAACCUCUUGAAGCCAGAAUACAAGACAUGAUGCCGGUCAUUGACACUGUUUUCCCUACUCCAACGGGAGACGGCAGCAGUGAAGAGCGAGUUCUGCUGCAUUCAAUGUCAAAUACCGGCGGUAUCUUCUUGGCUGCUACCUCAACGGCCUACCAAAAACGCCAUGGCGCGGACAAAAGACUACCCCAUGAGCUUCUCGUUUGCGAUUCAACACCCGGUGGGCUUUCUAUCUUCACACAAGCCGGCCGCUGGUCGCGGGCUAUGGCUGUGGGCACAUCCAAAUUCUUCCCCUGGCCGUUUAUGGUCACACAAGCAUUGUGGUUUGCUAUCCUCUGGAUACACUCCGCACUGGGGUGGCUGCGUGGGCUAGAACCUUCUGGGGUUUGGGCUGAUCGGGUGAUGAAUGAUGAGUCGGUCACAACGCGAGAGUCGAGUCGGCUGUACCUGUACUCGAGGGAAGACGAGAUUAUAGGAUUCGAGGACCUUGAGAAGAAUGUUGCCCAAGUUAGGACCCUAGGCUAUCGGGCGGUUGACCUUGAGUUCUUCGAGGGCUCACCACAUGUUGGUCAUAUGAGGCUUCAUCCAAAGCAGUACUGGGCGAGAAUUUCGGAGUGCUGGAAAGCGGCCAUAGCCCCAAAAUGAUGGUUUGAUCGAAUACACACUCCGUCAUGCAGGAGCCAGAACCUCAUACGCGCAAGGAAAGUGUUCUGAGGGGCCCAUCUUUGUAAUAAUAGAAUGUCGCGUGAGCGAUACAGGUACUGUGGUGUUAAUUGUUCCCAGUCAGUUAAUAAGUAUAAAGAUUUUUUCG